GCUGUUGGUGCAGGCACCGGAAGUGUCAUUGUGAAUGGAUGAACAGAAGUCUGUCAACUGUUUUUUUUUGUGUGUGCUACAGAUGCAUUCUGUACAUGUAUCCCCGGAGGUGAGAGGGGGUCCUGCCGCCCUGUGACAGUGACAUACGUGCAUGCUGUUCAGGCAAUUGAUGGUUUGUAACUACAAGCACACGGAUUUGCCUCUUAUGCAGAGAAGAGCAGUCCUUGAAACAAGUUGGAAGUUCAUCAGUCCAGUCCGCAGUUCUGGCCUCGUCCGACAGCGUCAUACCGCCACACAGACAAAUCGGGAGUAUUGACUCUGUUCCGGGAGACCAUUGCAACACACCCCAGGAAUUAGGGAGAACGUUUCCUCCAGUCACAUAGAGGAGCUGUGGUCCCCUCUGGUUCAGUCACAGCAGAGACCAUUUUCAGAUUCAAAAUGGAUAUGGAUCGGAGUCACAUGGCUGAGCAUAUAUUAAGCCUCACCCUGGAGAUCAUCUACCUGCUGACUGGAGAGGAUUACAUUGUACUGAGAAAGACAUCACUUGAAUAUAUGAGUGUUGGCUCCCGAUUGUCAAGAGGAAUUAACAGGACCCAGAGCCCCAUCACGGAGCCUCCGCCUCACUCACUGAUAUAUGAGAGAGAAAAUGACCAGAAGAUCCUGGAACUCACCAACAAGAUCAUUCAGCUGCUGACUGGAGAGGUUCCUAUAAGGUGUCAGGAUGUCACUGUCUAUCUCUCCAUGGAGGAGUGGGAGUAUGUAGAGGGACACAGGGAUCUGUACAAGGAUGUGAUGAUGGAGAAUCGCCGUCCCCUCUCAUCUCUGGAUGGGUCCAGUGACAGAACCACACCAGAGAGAUGUCCCAGUCCGCCUCAAUCACAGGAUGGUUCAGAGGAAGAAGACAAUCUCCAAGAGGACUUUCAGAUUGAAGACAUGCUUGUUAUUAAAGUGGAAGCCACAGAGGAAGACUAUCAGAGUGAAGACCCAAUAGAUACUAAAGCUGAAACUACAGAAGAAGAAGAAGACGACCUUUAUAUGGGGUGUGAUCAGCAAUAUCAGGAGGAAAGCACGAAACUGACCUGCACAAAUGAACAGGCCAGAAGAGAUCUCUCGGAGCAGCGUGUAAUCUUAUCUCCAGAUUGUGGAAUUGAGGACAACAUCCAAGUGUCUCAUGGAGAAAGUACCAUGGCUGCAAUUACCCAUCAAGUACCCCACAGUGCAGCCAGAUCACCUCCUCACCCUGCACAUGGAGACGGCUGUCCUGAUAACCCGGAGAGUGACGCACAUAACACCGUUACAGUGAACAGAUACAGUAAAAGGUUUAAAUGCUCUGAAUGCGGGAAAUGUUUUGCAUUUAAGUCCAUCUUUGUGGAGCACCUGAGAACCCACACGGGGGAGAAGCCGUACGCCUGCUCUGAGUGCGGCAGAUCUUUUGCCGUGAAAUCCAACCUUGUCCAGCAUCAGAAAGGCCACACAGGCGACAAGCCCUUUCCCUGCCCCCAUUGCGGCAAGCGCUUUGCCUAUAAUUCCUUCCUUACCAAACAUCUGCGGACGCACACGGGAGAGAAGCCGUUCCCGUGUCCUGACUGUGGGAAACGUUUUGCUCGGAAAUCCUACCUCCUGCAACACCAAAGGAUGCACACAGAUGAGCAGCAGAGAAGUGAUAUCUCGGAGCGGCCUGCAAUCGAAUCUCCAGACUGUGAGGUGGAAGAUAAAGCCCAAGAGCCCCGGGCAGAAAACCUCAUUGCCACAGACACUCAUCUAACACUGCAUAGCGCAGGUAGAGCCGCUGAUCCCCCUACACAUCCGGACGGCUUUCUUACGGAUGCUGAUAUUGUUAUGCACAAUACAGACACCGAUUUGGUUGUAAAAACGUACAAAAGGCUCCCAUGUGCCGAGUGCGGGAAAUGCUUCGCGUGCAAGUCCGACCUGCUGCGGCACCAGAGAACCCACACGGGGGAGAAGCCCUUUUCCUGCUCUGAGUGCGGGAAGUGUUUUGCCGUGAAAUCCAAUCUUCUCCAACAUCAGAAGCAUCACACGGGCGACAAGCCGUUCCCCUGCUCUUACUGCGACAAGUGCUUUGCGUAUAAAUCCUUUCUUGUUAAACACCUGAGGACUCACACAGGCGAGAAGCCAUUUGCCUGCUCUGACUGCGGGAAAGGUUUUGCGCGGAAAUCUCACCUCCUGCAGCAUGAGAGGAUGCACACGGGAGAGAAGCCAUAUCAGUGCUCCUUCUGUGGCAAACAGUUUACACAGAAAUCCAACCUUCGCGUUCACCAGAGAAUUCACAGAGCCUUACAUAUGUAAGAGCCUGAUGGUUUCAUUGUACAGUGUUUUACCUCACGUCACAUGUAAAAUAAAGAUAGAGUAUUUCCCAA